AACCGCGCGAGCUCGGAGCAGUUAGCUUCACUGCGGAGGACGCGGCUUUGAUUCCUGCAAAACUCUGCUUUUUACAUGUUUUUAUGACAACUUUGACAACUUUCCUCAGUAAUAACAACAAUUGGAAAUACGUGUGCUGCUGUGUACGUUUCGUAAGUGUGUGAAAAUACCUAGAACACAACUUUUAACUGUGAACUUUGUAAGAAGCGCUGCUGUAUCCAGUGUCCGGAAGUUCCGAAGGAAAAAAGAAAAAGGCAUGAAAAAGAACUGGCCACUUUUCCCAGAGCUCACCCAAACGCGACUUACGCUCACCCUUUGAGACCACUUUAACUUUCGUAUUUGCUUGGGGAAAAAAAUCGCUGUUUUUGUUCAUCGAUGGGUCUUCCUACGCUGGAGUUUAGUGACUCUUUUCUAGACAGCCCGGAGUUCAGAGAAAGACUCCAGUGCCAUGAAGUGGAGCUGGAGAGGACCAACCGGUUCAUAAAAGACCUGAUUAAAGAUGGCAACAUGCUCAUAUCCGCACUCAGAGCUCUGUCUCUGGCUGUGCAGCGCUUCUCCCAGUCUCUGCAGGAGUUUCAGUUUGAGUGUAUCGGGGACGCAGAAACAGACGAUGAAAUGAACAUAGCUCAGUCCUUGAAGGAGUUUUCCCAGCUCUUGAGCACAGUAGAAGAGGAGAGAAAACGGCUGAUUCAAAAUGCAGAUGAUGUGUUGAUUUCACCACUUGAGAGAUUUCGAAAGGAGCAAAUCGGAGCAGUCAAGGAGGGAAAGAAACAGUUUGACAAGGAGACAGAGAGAUACUACUCAGUUUUGGAAAAGCACUUGAGUCUUUCAUCCAAAAAGAAAGAAUCACAGUUAAAUGAGGCUGAUUCACAGAUGAGCAAAGACAGGCAGAUUUUUUAUGAUGCAUCUCUGCAGUAUGUCUUCAAAAUCCAAGAGGUCCAAGAGAGGAAGAAGUUUGAGUUUGUUGAACCACUCUUGGCCUUUCUUCAGGGCUUGUUCACGUUUUACCAUGAGGGCUAUGAGCUAGCAAGUGAGUUUGACCCCUACAAGCAGCAACUGCAGUUCAACCUGCAGAAUGCGAGGAACAACUUUGAAAGCACCCGUGCAGAGGUGGAGAGGCUGAUGAAGAGGAUCAGGUCUGCAGAGGAAGACUUUAAAGCACCCAGUCCCUACACUAUGGAGGGAUACCUGUACAUACAAGAAAAACGUCCACUGGGCAGUGUGUGGACCAGGUACUACUGCACUUAUGAGAGAAGCUCCAAAAUGUUCACCAUGAGCAGCCCAGAUGCCCGACCAGCUAACAGACAGAACGGUGUGGUGAAUGGGGCUCCAGAGAUGUUCAAGCUACGGUCAUGUGUGAGAAGAAAAACAGAUUCAAUCGACAAGCGCUUCUGUUUUGACAUUGAAGUGGUAGAGAGACAUGGUGUUAUUACCCUACAAGCACUUUCUGAUGCAAACAGACGUCUCUGGAUGGAAGCAAUGGAUGGGAAAGAGCCGAUCUACACUCUGCCUUCUCUGCUCAGCAAAAAGGAGGAGACAUUUCUCAAUGAGGCAGGUUUCAACUUUGUAAAAAAGUGCAUUGCGUUAGUCGAAUCAAGAGGCCUCACAACCUUGGGCCUGUACAGAACUGGAGGAGUUAACUCAAAAGUACAGCGACUCAUGACCAGUGUUUUUUCAUCCACAGCUCCCUCAGAUGUACAGUUGGAUGCCGAGGCUUGGGACAAUAAAACCAUCACAAGUGGUCUGAAGAAUUAUUUCAGAUGCUUGGCAGAGCCUCUACUGACUUACAGGCUACAUAAAGAUUUUAUUAAGGCUGCAAGGUAUGAUGACCAGAAACACAGAGUAAGGGCCAUACAUGCACUUGUCCACAAACUACCAGAGAAAAACAGAAAUAUGUUGGAGAUUUUAGCCAAGCACCUCCUCAGAGUUUCCUCUCAGAGCGAACAAAACAUGAUGACCGUGUCAAACCUGGGCAUGAUCUUUGGUCCAACACUAAUGAGGUCACAGGAGGAGACAGUGGCUGCCAUGAUGAACAUCAAAUUUCAGAACAUUGUGGUGGAAAUUAUUAUUGAAAACUGCAACAAAAUUUUUGGUGAGCCUCCCGACCUGUCAGCACCUCUUCCUCAGGCUCCUUCGUCUCGCUCAACUCCUCGCAGAAGUAAAGCCAUCUGUCUGUCAUCUGGGAAGAGAAAGGCCCGCCUCUACCCUCCAACUCUGUGCUUGGCAGACAAUGACAGUGACACAUUCAGCAGCAGCCCCAGCACCACCCCCAUGGGCAGCCAGGAGUCUCUGUCCUCUCACUCCUCUGAGAAAAAUGGCCAAUCCCAGACCUCUCCUCCGUCCUCUCCCGCUGCAGAGUCUGGCUUGUGCCUUCCAGUAGUUUCCUCCUGCUCCCAAAAUGAUUCCAGAGAACCAGACCCCCCUCCUCCCAAGUCCUCCCCUCAGACCUCCUUGUCCUCCUCCUCCUGGACGUCCUCCAAGCUCGGCCUGUCCCAGCUGCAGUCUCAGCUGCAGACCCCCUCAGUGUCCUCCAUGUCCUCUCUGGUUUCAAGCACAGAUAGGACACUUUCAGCUAAAGGUGACUCCACUAUGUCACUGUCCUCAAUGAGAGAAUCCAGGACGUCCUUAACUACCCCAUCCCAACAAAACCUCUCCUCUGCUUCAAAGGAUCCCGCCAUCUACAAAGCAGCUUCUUCCUGUUCCUUAAAAAGCUCCCAGUCUCACACAGUUGUCACAGAAAAUAAAGUAACAGAUGAAACACCUAAGCAGCAGCCAAGGGCAUACAGGACCUCUUCCUCCUCAUCCUCCUCUUCAUCACUGUUUCCUUAUCGACUCUCCACAUCCUCCUCUCUCACGUCCUUGCACAUUUCAGAAGAUUACAAGAGCUGUCAUGGUUCAGUGCAGAGCCUCAUGUCCCUGGACCCACAGGAAGUGACACGUAAACUGUGUCACAUGCGCUGCGCUUCAGACCUGAGCCACAAAAUCACUGCAGCCACCGCCAGCAAUGGAUACCAGAGCCCGGGGUCUCUAUCAUCUGUGCGAGGCCCACAGCGAGAAAGUUCAGUGUUUUCUUCAGCCUUAGAUAUAUCUGGAAGGGAGGCUAAGGCUCUUUAUUCAUGUGAGGCGGAGCACAGCCAUGAGCUCAGUUUCCCACAGGGGGCGCUGUUCACAAAUGUGUAUCCAUCUGUGGAGCCUGGAUGGCUUCAGGCCACAUACAAAGGCAGAACCGGUCUCAUCCCUGAAAACUACAUCACUUACAUUUAACUGACUUCUAACUCUAACAAUAGACUUUAGGAUCAUUCUUAGUUCCUACAAUAGCUGCUGAUCGAAGAUGUAAUAUAUUUUAUGUAAAUAGACAGAAACAGCAUUCUGGAUAUUAUGUAUAGAUUCAUUUAUGUAAAUUGGAAUUUUGUUAAUCAUUAUGUGACACACUUGACUGAAUUUUAAUCUUACUGUGUCUCUGAUUUCAAUUAGUUAAACUGACCAAAUUAAUAUUCAACAUGAAGAUAAAUGGCUGAGAUUAAAUGAACUGUCAUGGAAUCUGACAUCUACUGAUUGUCAUUCUUCCUGCUGUAUAAAUAAACUAAAUAUUUC